UGGAAAAAAAAUUUGUCAAAAGGUUGCUGGGAAUCAGUAGGAUAGAGAAAGUUAUAGGUUGAAAGGAAGCUACCUUAACCGUUGUUGCAUGCUUGAUGUUUCCUCGUACAAUAUUUGCUCCAACAGAAAUACCGUUUAGGAGCCGUUAAAGAGUUAGCUUCUAAAGUACUCCUGCUUCCCUCGCGCCAAUCCCAUGUUAAGGCUCACGAAGAUCCAGUCCUUGCUUAUCUCGAACCACGACAGAUUCCGCCUUCUUCACUCUAUUUCUACACUUGCAGCGAUUGCAGAUACUCAAGAAACCUCCCUAAAACUCCAAACCCAUAUGCAAAAACCACUAGACUCUCAUUCUUCACUCUAUGUGGACCCGAAAUUUUUUAUCUCUGCUUUGUUAAACUGCAAAAACGUCUUUGAAAUAACACACGUUCAUGCCCAAGUAGUUGCCAAUGGAUUAUUAAAUAACCUAUUUGUUACAAACAAACUCCUUUACAUAUAUCUUCAACACAGGGCUUUAGGUGACGCUUAUGCUUUUUUUGAUGGAAUGAGAGAGAAGGACCCAGUUUCUUGGAGUGUCAUGGUUGGUGGGUUUGCUAAAGCUGGUGACUUUGUUAAUUGUUUUAGGUUUUUUAGGGAGCUCAUUAGGUGUGGUGUUCAGCCUGAUAAUUAUACUUUGCCUUUUGUUUUGAGGGUUUGUAGGGAUGGGAUGGACUUGUUAAUGGGUAGUUUAGUUCAUGGUGUUGUUCUGAAAUCUGGGUUGUGUUUGGAUCACUUUGUUUCUUCUGCUCUUGUUGACAUGUAUGCAAAAUGCAGGGUCAUGGACAAUGCUCGUAGGUUGUUUGAUAAUAUGCCAAACAAGGACCUUGUAAUCUGGACUGUUAUGAUAGGGGGGUAUGCUGAGUGUGGGAAUGCUAAGGAAUCGUUGGUUUUGUUUGAAUGGAUGAGAGAGGAAGGUGUUGUGCCGGAUAAGAUUAAUAUUGUGACUGUAGUUAAUGCUUGCGCGAAGUUGGGUGCUAUGCAUAAGGCUAGACUUAUUCAUGAUUAUGUUUGUAGAAUGAGUUUUAGUUUGGAUGUGGUAUUGGGUACUGCAAUUAUUGAUAUGUAUGCCAAGUGUGGGAGUGUUGAUUGUGGGAGGGAAAUCUUUGAUAGGAUGCAAGAGAAGAAUGUAAUUUCAUGGAGUGCGAUGAUUGCUGCUUAUGGAUACCAUGGACAAGGCAGGAAAGCACUUGAUUUAUUUCCUAUGAUGUUGAAUAGUGGGAUAAUGCCAAAUAGGAUAACUUUUGUUUCUCUGUUUUAUGCUUGUAGUCAUGCUGGCUUGGUUGACGAGGGUCUUCAGCUUUUUAACAUGAUGUGGGACGAAUAUGGUGUGAGACCAGAUGUGAAGCACUAUACUUGCAUGGUUGAUCUCUUAGGCCGUGCUGGGAGACUUGAUGAGGCCUUGAACUUAAUUGAGAACAUGACAGUUGAGAAGGAUGAAGGGCUAUGGGGUGCUAUGCUUGCGGCAUGUAGAAUCCAUAAACACGUAGAGUUGGCAGAAAAGGCUGCAAAGUCUCUUCUUGAACUACAGCCUCAGAAUCCAGGGCACUAUGUGUUACUUUCCAACAUUUAUGCAAAUGCUGGUAGGUGGGAAGAUAUGGCAAAAAUCAGGAACCUAAUGACCAAAAGGAGUUUGAAAAAGAUUCCUGGUUGGACCUGGAUUGAGGUGGAUGACAAGAUUUAUCAAUUUGGCGUGGGGGACAAGUCUCAUCCUCUGUCAAAGGAGAUUUAUGGAUUGCUGAAGAGUAUGAGUGAGAAAUUGGAGUUAGCUGGUUACGUACCAGAUACAAAUUUUGUGUUACAUGAUGUUGAUGAGGAAGUUAAGGUUGGAAUCUUGUACACGCAUAGUGAAAAAUUGGCUAUUGCAUUUGGUCUUAUUGCCACCCCUAAGGGAACUCCUAUCAGGAUUACAAAGAAUCUUAGAAUGCAAAUCGAUUUCACCACUUCAAUGAGGGGGCUUGUUCAUGUGGGGACUACUGGUAAUUGGCUUACUUGAUAUUGGCAGGUGAUGUAUUCUACCGAGACAGACCUUAUGGUUGACUCUGUUUUGCCACCGAAUUUAACCACUGCUGAUGCAAACUUCUUCACUCAUACUGCCUUCCGUGUCCUGAUCGGGGCUGAUCUACCUACAGCUUUUGAGACUCUGAAUGUCAGCAAGGCUGAAUUUCCAGCCUUAAAUGGUCAGGGCAUUUCUUAUGCUGUGCUGCAGUUCCCUUCAGUCUCCUUAAAUCCUGUUCACAGCCAUCCUCAGGUUGCUGAGCUUCUUUUUCUUCUCAUAGGCUCUCUUGAAGUGGGCUUUGUUGAUGAGAAAAAUGUGUUACAUAUUCAGACACUUCAAGCUGGAGAUCUGUUUAUCUUCCCUAAGGGUGUUGUUCACUAUCAAUAUAACUAUGGGCAGGACUCUGCUUUUGCGAUUUCUGCCUUCGGUAGUGCAAAUGCUGGAACCAUAAGUCUUCCCAGGUCUGUUUUUUCAACUAACAUUAGGGAUGAUAUCAUUGCCAAGUCUUCCAAGAUUGAUGUAUCAACUGUUCAGAAGAUGAAGGCCUCUAUUACACCCAAGGGCAAAGGCACAAUGAACGAACCUUUUCUUAUGUAGAUUUUCGUUGUUAAUUGGAUUGGACUUGA